AUGGAUCGCGCGCCAUUCCCAGACGUCUCGGGCCUGCGCGGCAGCCUGCUGUGCGCUGCGUGGGGCUAUAUCCUGCAUGCGUAUCUCUUGCACGAGUGCGAGCUGGUGGCGUUUGACUGGGUGGCCCACCAAAAGGCCAGUAUCACUGUAGGCGAGGCCAACACGGCCGACGACGCCAUUUCGGCUGUCGCAGCGCAGCUCGACGGCACGCUCGAGCGCGCAGUUGGGCCGUGUGCUAUGGUGUACCGCCCCGACCUCGACGUGGAAGAGGCAGUUGCAUACGCCAAGGACCAACUUGACGAAUCCGUGACGAUUGCCCUCCUCGCGCACGGACGCGCUGAAAAUAUAGGCCUGUCGAUUCUCGCAUCGCCGUCUGUGCACGUCGAGGGAUCGGCACAGAUGAUGCUCGCCCAGGUGCACGCCGUUGUCCGUGCACUGAUCCGCAACGAUCCGCUAGAGAACGCGCUCGACUCGCUCACCUACUCGAGCUUGACCAACCCGCAUCCCAUUUUACUCGAAACCGACAUGGGCAAAGGCGGCGCUGCAGCCGAGCGCCUUGAAGACCAGUUUGCACGCCGCGUCGCAUCGAUCCCUUCGGCUAUUGCACUGGCGUGCUGCACGUCGCUGAGCCCCACACACAUCGAGGAAUGGAGCUACGCGCGGCUGAAUGAGCGCGCCGAAGCCAUCGCAUCGCACCUCUGGACGCUGGGCGUGGGCUACGCAUGCCCAGACGACGAAGACGACGAGAUUGUGGCAAUGUGCAUGCCUAAAUCGCUCGACAUGUACGCCGCGAUCCUCGGUGUGCUCAAAGCCGGCGCCGCUUGGUGCCCGAUCGACGAAGCAUGGCCGGCACAGCGCCAAGAGGCGCUCCUGGCCAAGUCGCGUGCCAAGGUCGUGCUUGCGGCAGGCGACGGUGCCAAGGCCGUCGAGAGCUGUGCGCCACAAGGUAUGCGCAUUGUCCAUAUCGAUGCGCUGCCGAGCACACGCGCACCAAAGCCGACGCCGAGUGCGUUCCGCCAGUCGCCUGACCGACUCGCCUACAAGAUCUGGACGAGUGGCACGACGGGCCUGCCCAAGGCGGUCGGUAUCGAGCACCGCGCAGCUGUGCAGGGAAUGCGUGCGCUCCAGGCAGCUGUCCCGACGACGUUCGACACGCCGCAGCCGGGCCAAGUACGCUUCCUGCAGUUUGCAGCGUACGUCUUUGACUUGUCCAUCUUUGACAUCUUUUACGCGUGGGGCCAUGCCGGCACAGUGUGUUUUGCGCCGCUGCACCUCCUCCUCGGCCACCUUGCACCUGUCGCACGCGCACUCGAGGCGACGCAUGCCCUCUUUACGCCGGCAGUCUCUGCGAUGGUGCCCCGCCGCGCGAUUCCUUCGAUGCGCAUGGUCAUCAACGGCGGCGAAAAGCUGUCGCAGGCCGUCGCCGAAGAGUGGACACAGGACUGUGGGCUUGUGAAUAUCUAUGGACCUGCCGAGGCAACGCUCUCGCUCACGAUGCACACCGUGACGCCGGAGGACAUGUUCAAAGCGCACAAUAUCGGCUGGACCUUUGACACGGCGCUCACUGUCAUUGUCGACAAGAACGGCCGUGUGGCGCCGCGCGGCGCGAUCGGCGAGCUGCUCCUUGGUGGGCCCCAACUCGCUCGAGGAUACAUCGGCGACGAGGACAAGACACGCGACAAGUUUGUACAGCACCCCACCUUGGGGCGUGUCUACCACACUGGCGACCUCGUCCGCUGCUUGUGGGACGGGCAGUAUGAGUACCUCGGGCGCAACGACGACCAGGUCAAAAUCAACGGUGUGCGUAUCGAGCUCCUGGAGAUCAAUGCCGCAGUCAAGGCGGGCGAUCAGCGCGUGCGCGACGCGGACACGGUGGCGCUGCCGGCGCCGCAGGACGACGAGCCGCCGCGCAUCGUCAGCUUUGUCGUGUCGCGCGAAGAGCCCACGAGCACCGAGGUCCUGCGCACCGAUGCAGGUGCCAUUGAGCUCGCCGCGUCCUUGCGCAAAAAUGUGCAGGCGCUCCUGCCGUCGUACAUGGUCCCGAAUCACUUUAUUGUGCUGCAUGCGUUUCCCCGGACAUCGUCUGCGAAGAUUGACCGUGUGGCGAUUCGCAAGGCAUACGACCAGCUCGACCUUGUGGACUGGGAAGCGAAGCAGGCCGGCGGCGGCGAUGCAGAGUCCGACGCAGUGGUCAUGGCGCAUCCUCUCGCGAAUGCCAUGCAGGGCCUCAUCGUGGACAUGUGCGCAGUGCGCCCGGACCAGAUCACGGCACAUGUGCCGUUCGCCGCGCUGGGCGUCAACUCGGUCAAGGCGAUGGCGAUUGCCGCCAAGCUCAGCGAGCGUGGCUACGCCAUUGGCGCGGCCGACCUCGUGCGCCACGACAGCAUGUCCAAGCUGGUCGAGGCAUCUGCGCACGCCGAGGCGAACGCGAAUGUGCGUGCAACGCAGCUUGCAAGUCGCCGCCGGGCCUUUACCGAAGCCUACGGCCGCGACGGCGCCGAGGUCGUGCCGAUCACAUCGCUGCAACAGAGCAUGCUGCUCGAGACGCAGGUCAAUGCGCAGCAGUACUGGCUGCACCGCGUCGUCGCACUGCGCCAGCCGAUUCCGCUGGAUAGCGUGCGCGACGCGUUCCAAAAGGUCACCGACUCUUUCGAGUGCCUGCGUAUGGGCUUUGUACCGGUGCGCGGCAGCGAUGCGGCGUACGCGCCACUGUACGUCGGCCUGCUCUAUGCCUCGAGCACGCCCGACGUGCGCGAAGUGUCGUUCAGCGGCCUGGCCAAGGACGCCUUGCCGGCGAUGCAGCAGACGUACAACCCGAGCGACGCGACACCGCCCGUGCACGCCGUGCUUCUGCACGCCUCGGACGGCGACUUUUUUGUGCUUGUCUUGCACCAUGCCGUGUACGACGGCGAGACGCUCGAUCUCAUCCUCGAUUCGUUCGACGCCGCGCUCAGCAAGGAGACGAUGCAGACCGCGCCGUUCACGUCGGCGCUCGCCGACCUCAUUCCGAUCGACGAAACCGAGGAAGAGACGUCGCUCAAGGUGUGGACCGAUGCACUGAGCACGUACCCCCGCGGCCACCGUAUCGCAUUCCCUUCCCUUGCUGGGCCCGAACCCGGCGAUGUGAUGCGCCGUACGACGCAUGUCGCGCAGCUACCCUUCUCAGCGCUCGAGGCGGCGGCCGUGGCCUUGCAGACAUCGGUCCGCCCCAUCGCCCAAGUGGCUUGGGCGCGUGUGCUCAGCGCGUACAUGGACACAGACAAGAUCCUGCUGGGCGAUGCCAUGUCGCUGCGCAGUGCUCAGCCGCACUAUGCUACGGUCGGUGGACCGCUCCUUGCGACGCUCGCCGUGCCGGUAGACCUGAAUGCGUCGGCCGCGACGUGCAUUCAGCAGGUGCACCAGUUCCAGACGCGCGUGAUGGACUAUGCACACGUUCCGCUGUCAUACGUUCGCAAGCAGCUCCAGGUGCCGAGCGACCGUCCCCUGUUCGAGAGCUUGUUCUUGCUCGAAGCUGAAGUUGGCGCUCGCCGGUCCUCUGCCCUCGACCGCACGCAAGAGGUGGAUCUCGGAAUUGCCGUUGAGCACGCGCUUGCGCUGGAAGUGCGUGUACAGCUCGACGGACAAGUGCAUCUCGUGCUCAACUGGCACACGGCACAGCUGUCGGAGGCGUACGCAGACCUGCUCUUGCGUCAGGUCGACGCGAUGCUCGCCGCGUACGUCGCCGAGCCGAACGUACCGGCCAUGGCCCUGCCGCAGCUGCCGACAGCGCUUCUUGCCGCGCCUCCGAUGCGCGCGGCCGUGGCCUCGCCGACGCCGUUGGAGCAGCUGGCCUACUAUGCUAAGCACACGCCCGGAGCGAUUGCCGUUGAGUUUAUGCACGACCUCGCCGCCGGCUCGACCCGCACAACGUGCACAUACGCUAGCCUGUACAAGGAGAGCGUGCGGGUCGCUUCGGCAAUUGCCGCACGGACACCGAGUAAUGCAGUGGUCGCUGUGGCGCUCGCGCGCAGCGUCGAUACCUAUAUUGCCUUGCUGGGCAUUCUGCUGAGCGGACGCACCUACCUCCCGCUCGACGAGUCGCUGCCGGACGCUAGGCGUGCGCAGCUCAUUGCCGACAGCGGAAGUGCGCUGGUGAUUGGCGAGGGAGGUGUUCCUCUUGCAGAGCUCGACGGCGAGGGCGACGUGCCUCGGCCGCACGAUGCCGACGCCGCCUACCUCUUGUACACGUCCGGAAGCACGGGAAAGCCCAAGGGGUGUCUCUUGAGCCACGCCAACCUCAACGCGGCCAUCGCCAACUUCCACGCACGCUUCGAGUCGGCUAAGGAGGGCACGCUCCGUCACGCGCGGUUCUUCGCUCGCAGUGCCGAAGCGUUCGACGUGCACCUGCUCGAGGCGCUCCUGCCGUUGUUGGUCGGCGCGACGAUUGUGACGAUGCCGCGCAUGCUGCUGAUGAACGACCUGGGCGCCGCAAUGGCCGCGAGCCAAGUGACGCACGCAUGUGUCGUCCCGUCGCUCUUCACUACGCGCGGCCGGCGUGUGCUCCCGUCGGACCUGCCUGCCCUGCGUCUUUUGGUCGUGGGUGGCGAAAAGAUUGACGAGGCGAUCCUUACGGCAUGGGGCAAGGGGCCGAUCCCGGUCCUCAAUGCGUAUGGCCCGACCGAGGCGACGAUCGGUAUUUCGUGUGCCAGCGUCACGAGUGCGUCGCUGACUUCGCAGAUCGGUGAAGCGUUCUGGGGCAAUCAGUACGUCAUUCUUGCGGGUGAGGGACCGCUCGCUGAGCGGCGUGUCGCGAUGCGCGGCGAGGCUGGCGAGCUGGUCAUUGUCGGCUCGCACGUCGGUAUGGGCUAUCUUGGCGUGCCUGAUGCGCCCGCCUUCUUUGCGCGUGAUGGCCAUGCGGCAUAUGCGACGGGCGACCGUGCGCGUAUCGGCCCUCAUGGCGAUGCCGAGUACCUUGGCCGUAUCGGCACGUCGCAGGUCAAGGUGCGUGGUGCGCGCGUCGAGCUCGACGAAGUCAACGCGGCCGUCGUGCGCCUUGCGCCGCAGUGCAAUGCAGGCACCCAUGCGACGACGCUCUUGCUGUCGCACCCCACGCACGCCGAGCCGCAUCUGGUUGCAUUUGUUGCGCGUGACGCACUGCCCGAGUCAAACGUCGCUGUCGACGAAAAUGGCUACGAGGCGGCACAGCAGCUGCACAAUGUGCUGCGUGCCGAGCUGAGCACGUACAUGGUCCCCAACGUGAUUGUUCCGCUGCAGCACCUUCCCCUCGCGCGUGUCUCGGGCAAAGUAGACCGUGCCGCGCUCGGUGCGAUGUAUGCAAAGCAGUCGCUGGAUUCGCUGCAGCAGACGGACGAUACCCCGCCGACGACCGAGGCGGAGAAGCGCGUCGCCGAGGCGGCUGUGCAGAUCCUUUCGCUGCGUGAGACUCCUGGUAUCCAUACGGAUCUGUUUGGCCUCGGCCUCGACUCGCUACGCGCUGUGCGCCUGGUUUAUAUGCUCCAAGAGGGAGGCAGCGCCGUACCGCUUGCUUCGGUGCUGAGCCGCCCCACGAUUGCUGGCAUUGCUUCGCUGCUUGGCACGGCUGCAGAAAAAUACGCCGUCGCCGAUGUCUCGCAGGAAGCGCGCCGGGCCGUCAAAGAGCGCCAUCUCGACACGGAGGAUAUUUUGCCGUGCGUUCCGCUGCAGACAGCGACGCUUGCACAGUCGCUCAGCGAGCCGGCCGAGCGUUUGUACGUCAAUCACGUUCGCAUCCCUGGCGGCUCGCUCGCACAAUGGGCCACUGCGCUGCAGCGCCACCCCAUCUACCGCACGGUGUUUGUUCCAGUCGACGACGGCUUCGUGCAGGCAGUCCUCAAAGAGGCCAAGUACGGCACGAAAUCCAGUGGCCCGUACACCGAGGAGGCGUGCAACCGUGUCGCUGAUGACAUUCUCGCCUCGCUUGGUACGGCACCGCCUGUGCGUCUCACGCAAUAUGACGACGUGCUGUGUCUGACGAUGCACCACGCCGUGUAUGAUGCUGCAUCGUUUGCGAUGCUCUGUGAAGAAGUCACGAGCGGCUCGCCUGGUGAGUCGACCUCCUACGCCUCGUUUGCGCGCCACGCAGCCGCGGUCGAGCAGCAGGCCACAGAGUACUGGGCGGGAGUGCUGGAUGGCAUGGUCGUUACGCCAUGCCCGAUGCUCCAAGGCGAGUACUCCGCAAAGAGCGCCCGCGCCGCCAGCGUGAGCCGCACGUUGGCGACGCCGCUUUCGCAGCUGCAGGCGAAAGCCAAAGAGACCGGUGUGUCGCUCCAUGCGCUCUUCCUCUCGUCGUUCUGCUCGCUCCUCUCGCAGUACGUCGGCGAGGACGAAGUGACCCUUGGUCUCGUUCUCUCUGGCCGCAUGGGCGAUGCAUCCCAUGCGCGCGUCCACGGACCGUGCACGACCACAGUGCCGUUCCGCUGGCAUGCAGGUCACCCCCUGAAAAAGACACACGAUGCGCUCUACGAGAUGCUGCCGUACCAGUUUGUGCGCCUCGCAUCGGUUGCACGCGCGCUGCAUCGCGAAGGCGCACUGUUCGAUAUCCUCUUUUCGUUCCUCCCUGAGCGCGGCGAGAGCCAGCUCGAGGACACGAUGGAGACUGGAUACCCUCUUGCCCUCGAGGUGCAGACGGAUGCUGGACGCGACGCGGUGGAUCUGCAUGUCGUGUUCGCAGAGAGCCGUCUGCCGAGGAAGCAAGCCGAUCUGCUACUUGGCCAGCUUGGCGAUGUGCUUGCACCGGCCAGCGACAUGUCGCUGCGCUCUCUCGUGCACCCUGAUCCGCUUGUUCCGGACGAGGGGCAGUCGUUCCUCGCCAUGUUUGCACAGCAUGCGCGUGAGAUGCCCGACGCCGAUGCGAUCACGUUUGCGACGUCGUUUGAGCCCUUCGAGGCGCAGACUCUGUCGUACGCCGAGCUCGACGCAAAGAGCACCGCGUACGCCAAGCACCUCGUGCAGCAGCCCGGCGAGGCCGUAUACGUCCACCUCGCGCGUUCGAUUGAAGUGUAUGUUGUUCUCUUGGCGGUGUGGAAGGCGCACAAGACGUACGUCCCUCUCGACCCCACGCUCCCCAUGGAGCGCCUCGCCUACAUGGCGCAGACCGUCGGGGCCGGCACGCUCUUGUCGGAAGCACGCGACCUGGGUCCACUGAGCGCCUUGCCGAGACUGUCGCUGUCGGAUCUGCAAAGUGACAGUGCCGCGACACUGCCGCCACCCGCGCUGUCUGCACCGGCCUACAUUCUCUUUACGAGUGGCAGCACCGGCAAGCCGAAAGGCGUGCAGAUUGGCCACAAGGCACUGGCUGCAGCCAUUUUGUCGUGGCGCGAUAUGCUUCCGCACACGCCGGCGUCGCGCCUCUUGCAGCUCGCGUCGCCCGGCUUCGAUGUGAGUCUCUUUGAGAUCUGCCUGCCGCUCGCACUUGGCUUUGCGAUCGGUAGUGCGCCCAAGGAGUUGCUCCUUACGGACCUGGAGCGUGCUUUCUGGGCGCUCAACAUCACUAUGGCGGACCUGCCAGCGGCACUUGCCUCGCUCUUGCAUCCUAGCCGCCUGCCAAAGCUCGAAUGGCUGAUGAGCGGUGGCGACGUGAUCGACGAGCGUGUCGUACAGACGUGGGCGACGCCGCCGCAGCGCCUCAUCAACGCCUACGGCCCGACCGAAGGCACGAUCGGCAACACGCUCGGAUUCAUGGAGCCGGGUACGCGCCGCAGCGUCGUGGGCCAGGUGUACCCCGCCACGACGCUGCUGGUGCUUCCUGCGAACGAGUCCACGCCUGUGUACGCCGGCGCGAUCGGCGAGCUGGUCGUCGCUGGACCCCAGGUCGCGGACGAGUAUGUCGGCGCGCCGGACCUCACGGCGGCCAAGUUCCCAACGAUCGACGGACGCCGCGUGUACCGCACCGGUGACCGCGGCCGCCUCCUCUGCGAUGGGCGCGUCGAGUGCCUGGGUCGUAUGGAGCGUGGCCAAGUCAAAGUGAACGGCCAGCGUGUCGAGCUCGAAGAGAUUGCGCACGAGCUGGCGCUCGAGGGUAUCCAGGAUGCUAAUGUGCAGUACAUUCAGCACCCGACGCACCCCAGCAAGCAGCUCGUUGCCUUCCUGGCGACGUCGGCUGCCGCGGCGCCGAGCGAGCUUGUCCUGCUGCCGGACGGUGCCGAGAUCGCUGCAGGUGUUCUCCGCGGUGCCUCGCAGCGCCUGGCGCCGUACAUGCUUCCCGCACAGACGCUAGUGUUGGGCCACGGUCUGCCGCUCACACCGAACAACAAGGUGGACGUCGCGCGGCUUGCGCAGUGGUACUUUGGCAUGAGCGGGUCGGAGCUGCGUGCACUCCGCGGCGCACAGGCGCAGCAGCGCAGCGCUAAUGCGCCGCCGACGCUGCCCGAUGUGCUUGCGGCACUUGGCGGUAUGCUCGAGGGCAUGGACAUUGACAGCGACGCGUCGUUUUAUACACUCGGCCUCGAUUCGCUGUCGGCGAUCCGCUUGGUACGCAUGCUGCGUGAGCGCGGCUAUACCACGACCGUCGCCGAGCUUCUCCAGUGCGGCACGCCGUACCGCCUCGCCGAGCGCCUGGCCAAAGGCGCAGGCGAAGUGCACGAUGUCGCCGACCUCGCCCUGCCCGACCGGCCCGCCUUUAGGGCUCUGCAGGCCAAGCUUCCUGCCGCGACGCUCGUCCCUGCGACGCCGCUGCAGAGCGGAAUGCUUGCACAGACGGUCGCGAGCGAUGGCGCGCUCUACGUGCACAAGCACACGCUGCAACUCGAUGCUUCGGCGGAUCAGAUCAAGGAGGCAUGGGCGCGCCUGGUCGCCUCGAACACGAUCUUGCGUACGUCGUUCCAUGCCGUGGACGAUGCCGUGGUCCCGUGGGUCCAGGCAGUGCAUACGAGCAUUGUUCCAGACGUGACACUCGGUCCGAGCGUCACGCCCCCCUGGAACACGACCGAAGCGCUCGCGCAGCCCCUGCACAAGCUGUAUCUGCACGGAAACGAGGCGACGUUGUGGAUGCACCACGCCUUGUACGAUGCACACGCGCUCGGCGAGAUCCUCGACGAGCUGGAUGCGCUGCUGCAAGGCCAGACGCCCGAGGUGCGCCCGCCGUAUGCGGCGCUGGUGCCGCACCUCAACGCCGGCGAGCGCCACGCGCCGUUCUGGGCUGAGACACUUACGGGCUACGUUCCCCGUCUGCUUCUCGUGCCCGGCGCGCCGCAUGCAGGCUGCACCGCGAGCGUCGUGCUGCCCACGUCGCUCGCUGAUGCACAGGCAGCCUGCCGUAAAAUCGGCGUGACGAUGCAUGCGCUUGCGACGCUGGCCUUUGCCGAGCUCAUGGCGCACUGCACGAGCACGGCCGACGUCUGCUUCGGCCAGGUUCUGUCUCUGCGUGGCGAUGUGCCGGAUGCCGACCGCAUCGUCGGCCCUGCACUGAACACGGUGCCGACGCGUGUCCGUCUGCAAGGAUCUGUCGCGCAGUGCCUGCAGCGUGUGCAGGCGCAGACCGAUGCCGCACGGCCCCACCGCCAUGCGCCGCUGCGUGCGAUCCAAAAGGCCGCGCAUGCGCACACGGCGCUGGUCGAUGCGCUGCUCGACGUGCAAAAGAUCGACAGCGACGACACGCCGUGGAAGAAGGUGCGCCUGGUGCCGAGUGACGAUGCCCACGACGUGCAUUAUGCGCUGAAUGUCGAGUUUGUGCAACGCCCCGAUGCGCUUGAGCUUGUCGGCACGGCGCGGACUGCGUUUGCGGACACCGCGCGUCUCGCAGCGCUCCUCGCCUACAUGGGCGAGCGCGUCCAAGACAUUGUCGCGGGCAUCGACGACGGCCGCGCGGUCUGGGAGGGUGAAGAGGGCAGUGUCCCGGCCCUCGACGAGCCCAGCGCCGAGGCGCCGGCAGAGAUUGUCGAGGCGCUGCGCCGUCUCCUGGCCGACUUUGCCGAAGUGCCCCUCGACGAGGUGGCGCCGACGACGCCGCUCCUUGCGCUGGGUCUCGACUCGAUUGCGUCGAUCCGCCUCGCGGCGCGCGCGCGUCUGCAAGGCAUCGUCCUCCAGUCCAAGGACCUUGCGCAGCCCCAUGCCGCAGCGAUCGCUGCCUCGUAUGCGCAGAAGCGCACGGAGCACGCCGAGAUCCGUGCGCCGGUUUCGGUCGAGGAGGCAGCGCACGCGGUGCGCUGUGCGCCGAACGAGAUCGAGACCGUGCUACCGGUCACGUCCGGCCAGGCGAUGCACCUUGCUAACAUUGCUCAGCAGGCAUACCAUGUCGGUGUUUAUUCGUUUGCGUAUCGUGCCAAGAAUCUCGAUGCACACGCUAUGGGCGCCGCGUGGGAGGCCCUGCAGCGCCGUCAUGCACUCCUGCGUUCCAUCUUUACGGCAGGCGGCGUUCAGUGCACGCCGUUCCAGGUGCAGGUUGCGGCGUCGCGCCCGCUCGGGGUGUACACAGUGCAAAGCAAGUCGGUGCACGACCUUGUGCACGAUACGAUCCGCCAGCGCCUGACGCCGGCCGGUGUGUUUACGCGUGCGGUCGCCGACUUGGACCUUGUGCAAGGCACUGAUGGCGACGCGGUCGUCAUCACGCUCAUCCAUCCCAUGUACGACGCAUGGUCGCUGCCGCUGCUUCUCGACGACCUCGUCAAGUUGUAUCAUGGCGCGACGCCGACCAGCGCAGUCGGUAUCGAGAGCGUGUUGCGUGUGCCGUACGAGGCGGCGGCGCUGCGUACGCACUUUGCUCCGUACGCAUCUGCGCCGCCGUGCCUGCUGGGCGGCUCUGGCCAGCGGACACGCGAUACGUUUGUGCACCGCCCCGAUGCCGUGCCGUUGGAGUCGCUGCGUGCGCUUGCGUCACAGCACGGCGCCUCGCUCCCUGCAGUUCUGCUUGCGGGCGUGGCGCACGUCGUGCAGCAGCACACCAACACGACACCGGUCGUGGGUGUGCAGCAAAAUGCACGCCUCGCCGACAUUCCCGACGUCGAGCGCCUCGCGGCGCCGUGCCUGAAUGUCGUGCCGCUCGUGUGCGAGGUCGGCGCCGAGCUCGGUGCGAGUGCCGCGCACAUUCAGGCCACGCUGCAGGCCAGCCGCCCGUAUGAGCAAGUGAGUCUCGAGGCGGUGCACCGUGCGCUGGGCCUUGCGUUCACGCCGCGUUUCAACGUCAGCGUGAAUAUUCUCGCUAUGGAGGAGCUCGCCGCACGCACCGACGGCCCCUGGACGCCGAUGCCCGACAUUGGCCUGGAGCUGCUGAGCAGCCGCGGCGCGUUUGCGUCUGCGAGCCCCUUGGAUGCGUGGGACGGCCGCCGUUGCUUUGCCGCGACGCCGAUCGCGAUCGAUCUGUGCAUCGGCGCCUCGCUGAGUGUCGUGCUGCGCUGCGGCGACGAUGUGCUCGAUGCGUCGGCCGCCGAGGCCUUGGUGGGUGCGAUUACCAACGAAUUUCAAUAG